AACACUCCUUUGACGGUCUCUGCCCCUGCUGCACCUGCCACAAGGAAAUACGACUCCACAGCCGACACCCAAACACCUUCUGGUAUCCCUUUGCUCAAAACCAUCCCCCUCAACUCCUUCUCCGCCUCCACAUACCUUCCCAACCCCAACCACGCUUUCAUCGCAAGCACACUCAAGCUCGGGUGGUGGUCCCCACCACUCCCAACCUCCCUCAAAACCUUCACACAUUUCAGCACGCUCUCAAAUUCAUCGCUCUGCAAGUGCGCGGCUGCUAUGAAUCUCAAGGUCUUCAACCUUAGCUCCUUCAAGUUCAAAGUCUCGUCAGUCUUUUUCACUACCUUCAGGCCCUUCUCACAUAAUUCCAGAGCUUCGUUCAUCAAUUUCAAGGCCUCGUUCACAGAGGAAACCUCGCUUGAUGAUAGUAAAGCCUUUCCGAACGCCAAUGCAAUGGCCAGAUUCAAAUCCGAAACUUCCCAGGCAGCUCUAGACCGAGCGAGGUUGAGAUCUAAGAGAAACUUUCUCUCAUCGUCAUCAGAAAUCGAAGCGGCCUUGGACGCCGGAGAAGGAAUUCCAGCCACAUCAGCGGUGAGAAAUAGCAGAUCAGCGGCGACUUGCCGGAGCUUGCCAUGUUCCUCGGAGAUUUUCGCUGCGGAGGCAUUGGAGAUGUCGACGCAUGUGUUCCAAAGGCGGCGAGAAGUUUGGUGGAGUUGGGGAAAGGAGCGAAUUGGCUCAGUUGAGCUAGGUGCCGUCGAAGAUCUGCGGAGAAUGAGUCCGGCAAGGGAUGAGCGGAGUGCGGUUGCAUGGUCGGAAUCGACGGUGGAGGCGGAGACCCGGCGAUGGUCUGCGGGGGAGGAUAUCUCGGCGAUCCUCAUUAUUCUUAUGUUUCAAAUUGAAAAUGGCGGGGAAGUCCGGGGGUAUGUUCGGUCAAAGAAGAAAAGGGAGAGGAUAAAUUUUAUUGGAGGGAAGGAA